AUGCCACAAAACGAGUACAUAGAGAGGCAUAUUGCCCUUCACGGGCGGCGCUUUGAUCACGAGAUUAGGACUCGUAAGAAAAUGGCUAGAGCUGCUCAUACUAUGAGCAAAAAGAUCCAGAAGAUGCGAGGGCUCAAGGCUAAAAUCUUCAGGAAGCGGCGCUAUGCGGAGAAAAUCGAUAUGAAGAAACAAAUCAAAAACAACGAGGAAAAGGAAUCCACGGAGCAGGCAGUUGCAUCCGGUGAGGGCGCUAUCCCAGCCUACUUGCUCGAGAGAGGUGAGGUCAACCGAACGAAGAUCUUGUCGAACAUGAUCAAGCAAAAGCGCAAGGAGAAGGCAGGGAAAUGGGAUGUCCUGAUACCUAAGGUUCGCCAGAUGAAUGAAGCCGAAAUGUUUAGGGUUAUGAAAUCAGGGAAGCGCAAAAAGAAGCAGUGGAAACGCGUGGUUGACAAGGUUUGUUUCAUUCCCGAAGACUACACUCGCAAACCGCCAAAAUACGAGAAGUACAUCCGGCCCACUGGCCUGAGAUUCAAGAAGGCGCACGUCACUCACCCUGAGCUGAAAACGACGUUUUUCCUGGAUAUCAUAUCCGUUAAGAAAAACCCGCAGUCAAACCUAUACACGAGUCUAGGGGUUAUAACUAAGGGUACUAUCAUAGAAGUCAACGUGAGCGAGCUGGGACUCGUGACGCAGACGGGGAAAGUGGUCUGGGCGAAAUAUGCGCAGGUCACCAACAACCCAGAAAACGACGGUUGUAUCAAUGCAGUGCUUCUAGUCUAA